AUGGCGUUCUUGGUUUUAUUGGCUGCAUUGUUGGUGUUAGCCGCCCCGCCGGUUCAUGUCGUCGGGCAGCGAAAAGGCUUCGUGAGCAUCGACUGCGGCCUGGAUGCCAGCUCGGGGAGCUACACAGACACCCAGACAGGCAUCGAGUACGAACCCGACGACCCGUACAUCGACGCCGGCGCCGGCGAGAACCACAGGCUAUCGGCCGACUACGACGUCUAUCUGCGCCGCUAUCAGACGCUGAGGAGCUUCCCAUCCGGCGUGCGGAACUGCUACGCGCUCCCCACCGUGGCCGGGACCAAGUACCUGCUGCGGGCGGAGUUCGAGUACGGCAACUACGACGGCAAGAACAGCUCGUCGCUGGAGUUCGACCUGCACCUGGGGGCCAACCGCUGGCGCACCGCAAAGCUGCCGGAGUUCAAGGACGAGCACGAGGUGGUCUUCGUCGCGUGGGCGGGGUGGGCGCCCUUCUGCCUGGUGAACACCGGCCGCGGCACGCCGUUCGUGAGCGUCGUGGAGCUCAGGCCGCUCGACGCGGUGCUCUAUCCGCAGGCCGUACGACCCGGCCUCUUCUCGACCACGUACAAACGGCUAAACAUGGGGACAAGCAGUUUCAUACGGUAUCCUGAGGAUCCAUACGACCGUUUUUGGUACCCGGUGGAGAACGCUAACCCACGGUGGGUGAACCUCUCGGCCCCGGCAGGGUCUAUUCAGGUGGACAUCACUUCCCCCGUGCCGUCGGUCGUUCUGCAGACGGCCGUCGCGGCAGCCGGCAACGACACGGCGCUGACAGCCGUAACGUGGCGCGACGACAGCGAGUACUCGUUCACGACGCUGGAGCACUACGCCGACUUCCAGAACACCCAGCUCCGGCAGUUCGACAGCUACUCGGGAACGGUGUACGAGUCGUACAAGCCCCCGUACCUGACCCGGGGCACUCUGUACACAGUCUCCUUCAAGGCUGCCGACGGCAGCUACAACAUCACUCUGGUUGCGACCAACACCUCCGUGCUGCCUCCCAUGAUCAAUGCGCUCGAGAUCUACCUUCUCGUCCCGUACGAGAACCCGACGACACUGCCUAGUGACUUUGACGCCAUCAUGGCUAUCAAAAAGGAGUAUGGAGUGACGAAAAACUGGAUGGGUGAUCCAUGUUUCCCAACCAAUUAUACUUGGGAUGGCGUGAAAUGCGGCAAUACAAAUGGCAACACCACGAGGAUAACUUCGUUAAAUCUAUCCAGCAGCUAUUUGCAUGGCGCGGUAUCCAAGAAUUUUGCGCUGCUCACGGCACUCCAGAAUUUAGAUUUAUCUUACAACAACUUAAGUGGCUCAAUACCUGAUUCCAUACCAAGUUUGACUUCCCUAAGAGUUCUAAAUGUAUCUGGCAACCAGCUCAGUGAUGACUCCCUAUGUAAAAAUUAUAAUGGGUCACUUAUUGUCAGACAUGAUUCUAGUAAAAGUACGUGCAACAAAAAGAUAACUGCAUCAAGGAAAAGCACCGUUAUCUUAGUUACUUCAGUUGUGGUUGCUGUGCUGGUUGUAUCUGCAAUUGUUCUUGCAUAUUUCAUCUGUAGAGCAAAAAGGAAUUCUGCUGUUUCUGUAGUUGAUCACACAAGAAAUGCACAACUCGAGAUUGCUCCAAGAAGUAGAACAAAUCAAGGGGAUCACCUGCAAGAUAACGAGAAUAGGCGGUUCACAUAUAAAGACCUGGAAAAGUUCACUGAUAAUUUUAAACAGUUCAUAGGACAAGGAGGCUUUGGAGUUGUCUAUUUUGGCCAUUUAGAAGAUGGUACUGAGGUUGCUGUCAAGAUGCGCUCCGAGUCUUCAUCGCAUGGGCUAGAUGAAUUUUUAGCUGAGGUUCAGAGCCUGACAAAGGUGCAUCACAGGAACAUCGUUUCUUUGGUUGGUUACUGCUGGGAGAAAGAUCAUUUAGCACUUGUUUAUGAGUACAUGUCUCAAGGCAAUCUUUAUGAUCAUCUGAGAGGUAAAAUUGCUGCUGCUGAAGCCUUGAACUGGGAAACACGUGUACGAAUAGUGCUCGAAGCUGCACAAGGUCUGGAUUAUUUGCACAAAGGAUGCAGCCCACCAAUAAUUCACCGGGACGUGAAGAGCAGCAACAUACUCUUGGGUCAGAAUCUGCAAGCUAAAGUAGCAGAUUUGGGACUUAGCAAAACAUAUAUUAGCGAUGGCCAUACUCACAUUUCAGCCACAGCAGCUGGCACGGCUGGUUACAUGGACCCAGAGUACUACUUCACCGGAAGGCUCACCGAGAGCAGCGACGUGUACAGCUUCGGAGUCGUCCUACUCGAGGCAGCCACCGGGGAGCCUCCGCUGGUGCCAGGCCAGGGCCACAUCGUCCAGCGCGUCAAACAGAGGGUCUCCACCACCGGCGACAUCGGCUCGGUCGCCGACCCGAGGCUCGGAGCCGCCUACGACGUCAACUCCAUGUGGAAGGUGGUUGACACCGCCAUGGCGUGCACGGCGGAGUCCGGCGCCGGGAGGCCGACGAUGGGCGAAGUGGCGGCGCAGCUCAAGGACAGCCUCGCGCUGGAGUAUGCCCGCGACAACGACGAUGACCGCAGCGUCCCGGCGAGCAUCGCCGCCAGCGAUAGCGCGGCUUUGAUGAUGUCCGGGUUUGGUCCGUCGGCGAGGUGA